UCCAUUCCAAAAGCUCUCCAGCUAGUCGUCUCCUCCAACCAGCAGAGAGGCCGCGCGCGAACGAAGCGAAGGCCCCAGCACAGCAAUCAGCUGAGCUCUCCUCGUCCUCGCCCUGCUCGUCUCGAACCUCGAAGCUCUCCAAUCCGCCGGUCGAUCGCCGGAGGUUGCUAAGGUCGUGCCGGAUCGAUCGAUCGACGACGACCGAGAUCGAUCGAAUGGACUGCGGUGGCGCGCUGCAGCUCCCGCCCGGGUUCCGGUUCCACCCCACCGACGACGAGCUGGUGAUGUACUACCUCCUCCGCAAGUGCGGCGGCCUGCCCCUCGCCGCGCCGGUCAUCGCCGAGGUCGACCUCUACAAGUUCGAUCCAUGGCAGCUCCCAGAGAAGGCGUAUGGUGGGGAGAAGGAGUGGUACUUCUUCUCGCCGAGGGACCGCAAGUACCCGAACGGGUCGAGGCCGAACAGGGCGGCCGGGACGGGGUACUGGAAGGCCACCGGCGCCGACAAGCCCGUCGGGUCGCCGCGCCCCGUCGCCAUCAAGAAGGCCCUCGUCUUCUACGCCGGCAAGCCGCCCAAGGGCGUCAAGACCAACUGGAUCAUGCACGAGUACCGCCUCGCCGACGUCGACCGUUCCGCCGCCGCACGCAAGAAGACCAACAACGCCCUCAGGCUGGAUGACUGGGUGCUGUGCCGGAUCUACAACAAGAAGGGCGUGAUCGAGCGGUACGACACGGUGGACGACGACGCCGACGACGCCGUGGCAGAGGACGUCAAGCCUGCGCCGGCGUCCAGGAAUAACCCGCGCGGGACCGCCAGUGGCCGCGGCGGGGCAGCAGCAGCAGCGGCGCCGAUGAAGGUGGAGUUCCCGGAGUACGGUGGGUACUACGACUACGAAGACCUCGAGGCGACGCCGUCGGCGGGGAUGCUGUGCUUCGAUCGCCCGUCGGCCGCGGUCCCGACGGCCCCAGCCUCUGCGCCCGCGCCCGCGCCCGGGCCGGCGCUGUCGUCGCCGCCGCCGGCGGCGGACUCGGACCCAGAGCGCGACGACGACUCGAACAACUCCGUGGCGUGGACGAUGCACCACACGCACGCGCACACGGACAACUACUCCAGCUGCGGCUCCGAGCACGUGCUGUCGCCGUCGCCGGACCUCCCCGACCGCGACCACGCCGAGAGCCAGUCCGCCGGGUUAUGGUGGCCCGUCGGCGUCGGCGGCGACUGGGCCGCCGCCGAGGACGGGUUCAUGGUCGACGUCGACGUCGACGACGGGAGCUCGCUGUUCGGGCCGCCGUCCCCGGGGCUGCCGUUCGCUCGCGUCGACGCCGCCGCGUUCGGCGACAUGCUCGCGUCGUACCUCCACAAGCCGUUCUGAAGCAAGCCCCUGAUCGUCUCGGCCAGUCACCACUGACAUGGACGUUCUGGUCGUCGUGUACCUCGGUUCAGGUCGUCGUGCACCGUUGCGUGCUCGACCUUUUGGGCACAGCUGCGCCGCAUGCAUGGAGAUCGAUGAGGGCUGAGCAUGGUGGAUGACUUGUGACGAUCAUGGUGGGUACUUGGUAGAGGAGCUUGCUAGCCGUCGGAUCUGCUGGCCUCGGAUUAAUCUGACUGUCAGUUUUUGGUCGCGUCAAGUACGUAGCUGACAACUAAGAAUGAAGCCUACUCGAUUCAGGGGCUGUUGAAUUGUUGUUGGUGGCAUGGUGUAUGUAAUCUAGUCUAGUCUAGUCUAGUUCUAGCUGUACUUAGAAUUGGUUUCAGGUUAAUUAGUGGCAAACAGGCAACGAGCUUUAAUUUGGUUUUGUUGAGUGUUUAUGCACUAUAAUUGCAACGUCAUGCAUGUACUAGAGUCGCUCUCAGCGGUCGCUUUCUCGUGACAGGGCCGGGAAGCCGAAAAAUUUUGUAAUGCAAUUAUCUAAUAAAGUGUUGUAACUUGUAAUUA